CCAUCGCAAUGAGGCUGGACCUUACCGUGGUGCGAUGGUUUGUGUGCCUCAGCGAUCCAUUGAGCUAUGCUGGGUGGUGCUUUUGCACCUUCAGAGUCACUCAUACCAGAUUGGUCAAUGGUUAGAGGUCAGACAAACUCAGCCUCCUGGUCCUCCAGGUUGGGGGUUGGAAUGAGGGUGGCACCUUAUUCCUUAAAACGGACUCCUUGUAGUCCAACGCCAAACCCGCUGCCUUGCGGUCAGGUUUUUGAACCAAAGGCUUUGGUUGAGAACCUUAAUCGUUCUCCUGUCUAGGCCUGGGCAACCUGACAGUAUCCUGCCCACGCAAUACAAUGAAUCACACUUCAAACAAAUUGCUGAUGCUCUGGCCACCGCAGAGGAUAAUCAACGGUGCCCUAUCUGCUGCAUCGAGCAGGGUGGAUAGGGGUUUGGAUGCUACUGCUCAAGCCUUCACGUCUUCUUAUUCCCCAUCUUACGCUUUUUCACUCUUACCGCCCCCUUCCAACUUCACUUAUAUCCCCCCAGUUUUCAACCCCCCGAUUCUUGGCCCUCCCCCAACAUGCUUUGCUAGGCAUUUAUCUUCUAGUUUCAACUCACAUGUGAACGCGAAGCGUCACUCCUCUCCUGUCGACAAGCCCAUGUCCAACCAAGCGGUCCAUUCCAGUUCAUCGGCUUCCAUUUGGAGCCCUCGAUUUUCCUUCAGAUUGGCAUGCCUUAAUGUACGCACACUACUACAGAUCGGUCAACAGGCAGCACUUGCCCGAACAUUGGAGACUCUCUCGAUCGAUAUCUGCUGCUUAUCAGAGACCCGCCUGCAAGACUCGAACUCUGUGCUCACUCUGCGAUCCCCUUCAGGUGACGCAAACAGUAUUUUCUCAUUGCGCCUAUCCGGUGACGAUGCAGCUUCGAGCACCGGCCAAGCUGGUGUUGGCAUUGCUCUGAGUCCCCGGGCUGAAGCUGCUCUGGUUGAUUGGAUUCCAAUCAGUAGCCGGAUGUGUGCGGUCCGAUUGGCUGGCUCCUCUAAAGCUUCGAAGUCGCGCGGGACUAAUAGAUGUCUAUUCAUCAUCGCUGCCUACGCGCCCACAAACUGUAGCGAUGAUUCGGUAAAGAACGACUUCUACCGUCAACUGACUCAGCUCCUUCGCCACAGAAGAAGCACGGACACCGUUGUUCUGGCGGGGGAUAUGAACGCACAAGUUGGAAAGUUGUCCACUGAUGAAAUGCAUCUGGGCGGUCAGCACGGUGUAGGCUCCCGUAAUGAUAACGGUGAGCGGUUACUUCAUUUGUGUGAAGAUGCUCGUUUAUUUCUUGCGAGCACUAAUUUCCGACACAGCACCCGCCGGAGGGUGACUUGGCGCCCACCAGCCUCGAACCAGCCUUGCACGCAGAUCGAUCACAUUGCUAUUAGUUACCGCUGGAGAGGCCGCAUCCAGAAUUGUCGCUCGAUUUGGAGCACAUGUGUGGACACUGAUCAUGCACUUGUAUGUGCUGACAUGCGGAUGCGCUUUGGAGGACGCCCACGACGACGCUGUGAGCGCAUUGACACCAGCCAACUGACAAAGCCAGCUGUUCUGAAUGCGUAUCAAAGUACGCUGACAUGCGAGUUGAGUACUCGCUCACUGGAGACAAUUGAUGGUCACUGGUCACAUGUUCGCCAGACCUUACUAGCAGCAGGCAAAUCCUCAUGUGGUAUGUCUAAAAGCCCACAUGGACAUUGGGUCUCUUCUCGGUCUCUGGAACUUAUCGACGCUCGCCGGCAUAUCCCGGCUGGAAGCGAACACAAUGAAACUCGCAAAGAGCUCCGGGCAAAACUCCGUGCUAGCCUGAAGAGAGACCGCGAAUCUUGGUGGUCUCAUCGUGCGUCAGAGAUGGAAGUGGCCGCUGCCCUUGGCAACCAUCGUAAGUUAUUCCGUCUGAUACGGGAAACGGACAGCAGGAGACCUGGUGUUAGUGAAACAAUUUGUGAUGAGAGUGGACAGCCUAUCCACAAUUUGUCAAAACGUUUGGAGCGUUGGGCUGAGCAUUUGGAAAAGCAAUUUAAUCGGCUAGAAUUGUCCGGUUCGCCGGUCACUGAUCGCCCUGCUCCGUGGGCUGUCCCUUUGGAUCCACCCUCUCGCUCAGAAGUCGAACGUGAGAUCCGACUGUUGAAGUUGAACAAAGCCGCGGGACCAGAUGAUCUUCCUCCAGCCCUCUUCAAAUUCGGAGGCCCUGCUCUUGUGGAUGCUUUGCAUGAAUUACUAGUGAAACUGUGGGAGCAGGAGACUGUCCCAACCGACUGGAGCCGCUCCGUUAUUGUUCCCAUCUUCAAAGGCGGCUCGCGCUCGGAAUGCGGCAACCAUAGAGGAAUCAGUCUGAUCUCCAUCGCCUCCAAAUUACUCGCCUCCAUAAUUCUUCACAGACUGACUGGCGCUCGUGAAAGCCAGAUUCGUGAAGAGCAAGCUGGGUUUCGUCGUGGUCGUGGCUGCAUUGACCACAUCUUCACUUUGCGUCAGUUGUUGGAGCACCGUCACACAUAUUGGCGGCCCACCGUAGUCGUGUUCCUCGACAUCAAAGGUGCCUUCGAUUCGGUUGAUCGAUGUGCCCUUUGGAAUUGUCUACUCAGGAAAGGUGUGCCCGAGAAAUAUGUAAAUAUUAUCCAAGCAUUAUAUGCGCGUAGCACGGGCAGAGUGAGGGCUUACGGCAAGCUGUCGUCACCCUUUAAUAUCUCCAGCGGUGUGAGACAAGGAUGUCCGCUGUCACCUUUCCUCUUCAACUUCGCUAUUGACGAAGUCAUGGAGUUUGCAUUUACAGGACAUGACUUGGAAGGUGUGGAGCUACUCCCAGGAGAACGACUUCUUGACUUGGAGUAUGCUGACGACAUUGCCCUCAUCUGUGACAGCUCCCAGACGUGCCAAGCCGCGCUAGACAGAUUAGCACUGGCUUUCAGCCGCUUCGGGCUUUGCUUUGCACCAUCGAAGUGCAAAGCGCUCCUCCAAGAUUGGCAGGGAUCGCCUCCUGCGCUGACCCUUGGUGGGGAUCAGCUAGAAGUCGUUCAGAAAUUCAAUUACCUGGGAAGUUGUAUCAGCGCCCUUGGGAUCGAAGACGAGAUCACGAACCGUAUAGCGAAAGCUCGAAGUGCUUUUGCUAACCUUCGCCACCUUUGGCGGCGGCGCGACAUCACUCUCGCCCUGAAGGGUAGAGUGUACAAUGCAGCGGUACGUUCGACCUUACUGUACGGUUGCGAAACCUGGCCCCUAAGGUCGGCGGACUUGAAGAGGCUAGUUACGCUCGACCAUCGGUGCCUUCGCAGUUUGGCUCACAUAUGGUGGGAACACCGCGUGAGUAACGAGCGUGUUCGACGCAUUGUUUACGGCCCAGGAAAAGGAUCUGAACCGCUCAGCACCGUUAUUUCCCUCACCAGGCUCCGAUGGCUCGGCCACGUGUUACGCAUGCCAGCCCACCGACUCCCUCGACGUGCGUUGUUUGCUCACCGGGGAUGUGGGUGGAAGAAGAGGAGAGGUGGCCAAGCGAUGACUUGGUCCAGGGGAAUGAAGUCCCUCACCUCGGAGCUAGCCUCGGUUGGAGCUUCACGGCUCCCUGGUUGGGGUCCAAAAGACGGUGAACACGUUUGGCUGGAUACACUUGCUGACAUGGCAAGGAGCCGACCUCAGUGGCGUUCAUGCUGUGAGUUUCUUUGUCCCUCCCCAUCCCUUUUAGCCUCCCCAUCCAUCUACGAUCUCAUUUCCUAGGGUAAAACAUAAUGUUUUGUUUCUUUUUUCCUAGUAGCUGGCUGGAAGCUUACCGGAACGAUGCCUAUCCGUUGCUGGUAGCUCAGCUGGCAUGCAACUGUUGUAUCUACUUCUCCUUUGUGUAUUGUAUUGUAUGCAUGUAUGUAUGUAUU